GACCCUGCGUGGCCCAGCUGAGGUGACUGGCAGGACUUGUUUACUGGUGGGGAGACUCGCAGAAAGAGAGACGGAAAGAGGGGGAACCUGAGGGAGAGCGAUCGCUAAACGGGAAUCCAAGUUUUUACACUUGACCCGUCUUUUUAAGUCUUUUUUACGUUUCGUUCACCUCAUCGUCUUUUUCUCCUGUCUUCUUCUCCUGGGCUGGCGGACUCGGGCUGUUCACUUUCAGCGUGUUUUUGAUUUUAUUUUUAUUCUGAACUCUCAUCGCCGACACUGAAACCUCGUUUGUUUUGGAUUAGCUAGCUAACGUUAGCCGUUUAGCCCCCUUCAGCUAACGUUAAUCUGAGGGAAGAAACGGACGGCGUGGUGUGGCGACUUUUCUCACCUCACGGCGGCAGCGUGCACGGUGAAUGCGGGCAUUGUUGUUGUUAUUUUCUGGCUUCUUUUACUCCUCGCGGGGAAUUUGAGAGUAAAGUGGCGUGUUUUUUUUUUUUUUUAAACCUUCCCGAGUUAGUUUUUCCCCUCUCCGCCGUUUUGUCGUUUUUACGGGCUUGCGGUGGUCAGCGGGGGUGAAGGAGUUCAGAGGAAGGUCGAAGCGAGGAAAGCUGCACGUUUUUUUUUCCUGCCGGAGUUUCCUGGGAUGUGCUCCCUGCUCAAAGAAACGGGAGGCGAGCUUGUGUGAAGACACCAGGACGCAGGAGGUGAUAUAAAGACUUCUGAAAGAAAACGAGAGCUCAAAGGCUGCCUGUGUUUUUUGGGGGUGCUGUUCAUAACUCCAGCCCAUGUCUGCAUGAGGAAAACACUGCUUUUUGUUUUUGAAAUACCCACCGAGGUCCUCCCGCACUGGAGCAGCACAUGACAGUGAAAUGAGCCCGGGGCCAGCGGACCUUCUUAGAGGAUCUCCAAACUAGCUCUCUGCGUGUGUGGGAUAUUACUAUUAUUAUUAAUAAUAGUAAUCCCCCCCCCCUCGAUUUAGCGGGGCACCAGAAUCAAACAGAUGAACGUGGACUGUCGACUUCACUUCUGGAAAAUGAAAUUUUUUACUCGCACAUGUGUCGCCAGAACCCAGGAUCACGUUAUUUAGUGUCUCAUGUACAUAACAAAUUUGGCACAGAAGACAAUUAUAAAUUUAUAACCCCCCUUACAGGGGGAGGAACGCUCAAAUCGGCUGGCUUUAUUGGACCCUUUUAAGUUUUUAGCAAUUUCCUAGUUCACUUUGAACAUUUCUCCCUGAAGACUGGAAGUUUUUUUGUUUUUUGAAAGACUUCAAGAAGAGAGUACAACUUAUCCUCCAGCCAAAAUGAGGCGGCUGACGCUUAAACUGCGAGCACAAAUGGUGUUGUUUAUCAUGUGCACCUGCAUUAUAUGCCAAUGUGGACUAAUAAACGGAGAAAUCUGCUCGAGCAAGGACAUCCGGAAUAACGUGACCAACCUCCAGUCGUUGGAGAACUGCACCAUCAUCGAGGGCCACCUAAAAAUCCUGCUCAUGUUUAAGACCAGGACGGAGGACUUCCGCGGCCUGAGCUACCCGAAACUGCGAGUGGUGACGGACUACGUGCUGCUCUUCAGGGUCUACGGCCUCGAGACGCUCAGCGAUCUGUUCCCCAACCUGACGGUGAUCCGCGGCAACAACCUCUUCUUCAACUACGCUUUCGUGCUUUAUGAGAUGCUGCAGAUGAAGGAGAUGGGCCUGUACAGCCUCAUGAACAUCACCCGGGGCGCCGUGAGGAUAGAGAAGAAUCCGGACCUGUGUUACCUGGCCACUCUGGACUGGUCCAAGAUCCUGGACUCGGUGGAGGACAACUUCAUCGUGGCCAAUAAGAAUGAGAGGGAGUGUGGAGACGUGUGUCCAGGCAUAGCCCAAGGUCAGACCAUCUGCCCUCAGAGCACCAUCAACGGACACUUCAGGGGACGAUGCUGGUCACAGAAUCACUGCCAGAGAAUGUGCUCGGACAACUGCAAGCACAGUGCCUGCACCCCCCAAGGCCAGUGCUGCCACGACCAGUGCCUGGGCGGCUGCUCUGAGCCGGGUAACGCCAGCAGCUGCGUGGCCUGCAGGAACCUCCAGCACGGGAGCGCCUGUGUAGAGAAAUGUCCUCCUGGAUACUAUAUCUUCAGAGGGUGGCGCUGUGUCAGCUUUGCUUUCUGUCAGGACCUCCACAACCAGUGUAAGCAGACUCGGAAACAAAACCAGGACCGGGACUCGGGCUGCCAUGAAUACGUCAUCCACAAUGGAGCCUGUAUCCCAGAGUGCCCUUCCGGAUAUUCCAGUAUAAAUUCCACUACGCUGACUUGCUCACGGUGUGCAGGCUUGUGUCCUAAAGAGUGUGUGGGAAACAAGACCAUCGACUCGGUAACGUCGGCCCAGGCUUUGAGGGGGUGCACCAUUCUUAAAGGCAACAUGAUCAUCAAGAUUCGAGGAGGCAAUAACAUAGCAGCCGAAUUGGAGGCGAGUUUGGGUCAGAUUGAAGAGAUCACAGGCUAUCUGACCAUUCGCAGAGCUUACGCCCUGGUCUCCCUUUCAUUCCUCCGCAAACUACGUGUCAUCAGGGGGGAGCAGCUUGAGGCAGAUGCCUAUGCCUUCUAUGCGCUGGACAACCAGAACCUCCGUGAGCUUUGGGAUUGGUCCAAGCACAAUCUAACCAUCCUGCGUGGUCGCACAUUCUUCCACUACAACUCUAAGCUUUGCAUGUCUGAAAUCCGAAAGAUGGAGACGGUGACUGGAACCCGGGAUCGAAACCAAAAGAACGACAUCGCUUUACGCAACAACGGGGAGCAAGCUUCCUGUGAGACGAAGCUGCUGAACUUCACUUUGAUAAAGACCAAGUCGAAUAUGAUUAUACUGAGGUGGGAGCCAUUCUGGCCAGCAGACUUUAGGGACCUGCUGGGAUUCAUGGUUCUCUACAAAGAGGCGCCGUAUAAGAACGUGACCGAGUUUGAUGGACAGGACGCCUGCGGCUCUAACAGCUGGGUGAUCGCCGAUGUGGAUCCGCCGCCUCGUUCCACGGAGGGAAAGAAGGCAGAGGACCCGGGGUACCUGAUCCGACCGUUGAAGCCCUGGACCCAGUACGCCAUCAUGGUCAAAACGCAGCUGUCUGCGUCUGAUGAGCACCAGGUCCACGGAGCCAAGACCGAGAUCAUCUACGUUCAGACGAAUGCUUCCAAACCCUCUGUUCCUCUGGACCCCAUCUCCUCCUCCAACUCCUCCUCUCAGAUCAUCCUGAAGUGGAAACCGCCCACCAGUCCCAAUGGCAACAUCACCCACUACCGGGUGGUCUGUCGAAAGCAGCAGGAGGACAGCGACCUGUACAAAUUCGACUACUGCUUACAAGGAAUGAAAGUGCCGUCUCGCAUCCCGACCCACCUGGACAGUGAGGAUGAGCAGAAGUGGAACCAAACAGAUGAGCCCACCUCGGGCGGCAGGUGCUGCGCCUGCCCCAAGACGGACAGCCAGCUAAAGAAGGAGCAGGAGGAGAUAGAGUACCGCAAGACCUUCGAGAACUACCUACACAAUGAAGUCUUUGAGAGCAGACCAUCCCGGCGGCGCCGCUCGGUGGGAGUUGCUAAUGCCACCCAGCCUCCUCUCUUCCUUACCACAGUUCCCAAUCUGCAGUUGGAUUCAGGCACAAUCUCCCCCGAUGGCGAGGAUCAAGAGGAAUCCAAGGUGGAACAAAAGGUGUUCUCAAAGGAGUCGACGGUCAUCUCCAACCUGCAACACUUUACCAGUUAUAAGAUAGAGAUCAUAGCCUGCAACGACCCGACAGAUCCCAAACGCUGCAGCAUGGCUACUUAUAUCAGUGCCCGAACUAUGCCAGAGGAGAAAGCAGACGACAUCCCAGAGCCCGUGACCCACGAGAUCGUGCAAGGCGAGCCUCCCUAUGUGUUGAUUAAGUGGAAUCCACCUAUCAACCCUAAUGGGCUCAUCAUCCUGUACGAGGUCUUCUACAGCAAGGUUGGAGACUCAGAGGUUCACACGACCUGUGUGUCACGGCCGGCCUAUCAGAAGCUAGGUGGCACCAAGCUUUCCCUUGUUCAGCCUGGAAACUACAGCGUGAGGGUUCGCGCCACCUCGCUGGCAGGAAAUGGCUCUUUUACUGAGAUAAUUUACUUCUUCAUGCCCAACCCUGAUCAAGGUUUGAUUUGGAUUGUCAUGGGUCCCGUCAUCUGCUUCAUCCUGCUGCUACUCGCGGGAGGUGGAGUGUUUGUGUACUUCAAAAAAAGGCAAACCGAAGGCCCCUUAGGAGAUCUCAUCACCUCUCCAAACCCCGAGUACUUCAGCGCUGGUGACAUGUACGUUCCUGAUGAGUGGGAGGUGCCCCGGGACAAGAUCGCACUGCUCAGAGAGCUCGGUCAGGGCUCCUUCGGUAUGGUGUACGAAGGAGUCGCCAAAGACAUCGUCAAAGGCGAUCCGGAGACGCGCGUGGCCGUCAAGACGGUCAACGAAUCGGCCAGCCUGCGAGAGAGGAUCGAGUUCCUCAACGAAGCCUCCGUCAUGAAGGCUUUCAGCUGUCACCACGUGGUACGUCUGCUCGGUGUGGUGUCCAAAGGUCAGCCCACCCUGGUAGUGAUGGAGCUGAUGACCCACGGGGACCUGAAAAGCUACCUGAGGAGUCUCAGGCCAGACUCGGAGAACAACCCGUCUGGCUCCCCGCCACCUACUCUGAAAGACAUGCUCCAGAUGGCUGCAGAAAUCGCAGACGGCAUGGCCUACCUCAAUGCCAAAAAGUUCGUCCACAGAGACCUCGCAGCCAGGAACUGCAUGGUGGCGGAGGACUUCACCGUCAAGAUCGGAGACUUUGGUAUGACACGAGACAUCUAUGAGACGGACUACUACCGUAAAGGAGGGAAGGGCCUGCUUCCUGUCCGGUGGAUGGCACCCGAGUCCCUGAAGGACGGAGUCUUCACCGCCCACUCUGACUGCUGGUCGUUCGGUGUUGUGUUGUGGGAGAUCAGCACACUGGCCGAGCAGCCUUACCAGGGUUUGUCCAAUGAGCAGGUGCUGAAGUUCGUCAUGGAAGGAGGGUUCCUGGAUCGGCCGGAGAACUGCCCUGAGAGGAUGCACAGCCUCAUGCAGAUGUGCUGGCAGUACAAUCCCAAGAUGCGUCCGACGUUCCUCGAGAUCAUCGAGAUGCUGCGGGACGACCUGGACCCGUCUUUCCAGGAGGUCUCCUUCUUCUACAGCGAUGAAAACAAAGUCCCUGAGACGGAGGAGUUUGACCUAGAUCUGGACAACAUGGAAAGCAUCCCCCUGGACCCGUCUUCUUACUCCCAGAGAGAGGAGAGCUUAUCCAGGGACAGCGGGCCCUCGGUGGCCCUGAGGGGGAACUAUGAGGAGCACGUCCCCUACACACACAUGAACGGUGGCAAGAAAAAUGGAAGAAUUUUAUCAUUGCCCAGAUCCAGCCCUUCCUAACAUUUCCCGUUUCCUUAAAGAACUCUUUGAAGCUUUCCCUUUUUCCCUUUCCGAUCUAUUUUUCUGUCUCCUUCGUGUUCCUCUCCUCAUUUUCGAUGAUCGUGAUUUUCUUAUUCUUCAGAGGAGCCCUUCAAAAAAAACAAAAAAAGAGACACAAAUCUCAGGACUUUUUAUUUUCUUCCUCGUGGCUCCAGAACACAGGCAAGGAGAGGAUGCAAACGUGGUGUAACACAUCAGACCAGAAAACCAAACUAUCGCUCGUCACUAACGCCACGUUUCCAGGACUCCUUGUGACGGAAACGGGGAAAAAAACAGAAAACUGUGAACACAACAAACCUUAGACAACCAAGAAGGCUGCUCAUGCUUGACCUCGAGACUCGCCCCUCCUCCUCUCCCACCGAUCCGCAUUUCCACAAUUCUGUGCUUUUCUUAUUUUAUUUUCCCUCUUUUUACUCAGAUAGUGGCCUUUGUAUACGUGGCCUGUAAACAAAGAGAAGUGUCCGUCAGCGCUCACACUAAUUUUCCUUUUUGAACAAUGACUUAAUCAGUGGGAUGACUUGCAAAGACUUGAUCGUAGAACAAACAUCUAUUCCUAGAGGAAUGUUUUUGUUGUUUGUUUGUUUUGGUUCUGCAGAAUUCCAAACGACACAGAUUCAUCGGGUGUUUGGUGACAACUUUUAAUUUAUUUGCUUCAAACGUUUCUUUUUGUGUCCUCACUAUAAGGCUGAAGGAUAUUUAAACAGUUAAGAAUUGGACAAAAAGAGUUCCUCAGACUGACCAAUAACUGCUGCUUCAUAUAUUUUAGUGGGUAUAGAAUUAUAUGAGUAUAUAUAAUAUAUAUAUAUAUAUAGUAUAUAUGGAAUAUUGGUAUUUCCCUACCAGUAUUUCAUAUAUAUAUAAAAUAGAUGGCAUUGUAAAUAGUUUGUAAUAUUUUUCAUCAGCUUUGCUAGUUCUUUGUUUUGUCAGGUUUAUUAUUCAAAUUUUUUUAUUUCCUUAUUUUUAUAGCCCCAGAAAUCGCUCCAACCUACCGUCAGUGCUCUCGGCGUCUUAGGCCUCCCUCUUAGUCUUUGCUCCGUCUGGAUGGAAAAGGGGAAAACCUGGAAAUGCUGUAAGCUAACUGCAUUUCUUUUGGUUCCCUCUCAAAGUGCACAAUAGUUCAAUACUUCACUACAGCUUUGAAAAUAAACUAAAAGCAAAAUAACCAAAAAAAAGAGAGAAAAAGAAGCUUAAUGAGCGAGGCGUUUGUAGGUCGGCGUGUUCGGGUGUGUCGUCUCUCGUGUCUUCGGUGGCGUUGAGACUCCCACGUGUUUCUUCCUGCAGGUUUGUGACGUCGUUUGUGGUGUUUUCAUUUUUUUAUUAUUUAUUUUUGUGGUGCCGGUUUGCCCGUCUGUGUCAGCUGUUGGCGAGGUUAGACGGCGCGGUGCUGCUCAGUAAAGGCGGAGCAUGAACUGACAGCAGCUGUUGGGUAGAGAGGGAGGGAGGCGUUCUGCGUUAGAUGGAGGGGUUUAUCAGAUUCACGUGUUACCCGUGCUCCUCCUUAGUCUCCCCGAGGCGUCCUGUUUGCUGCUGAUGUUCAAGAUUAGCCUGGUGGAAAUGUCCAGGUUUUGUGGUCGAAGCCUGAAGGAAAAACUGCAGAUGAAGCGCAGAGGGGGGCAGUCUCUCCCUGUAUUUUUGAGAGAGCACGCGGGGGGCUGCCUGCCAGUUGAUUGCUAAUCCCAUUAUUCUCCCUGCUAUCACGUGCAGAGUGUGUGCAGCAGCGGUUUCACUCAGGUCUGACAUUCCAGUUGAGUUGGAGCGCCUCGUUCCCUCACCCUCGAGUUUUUCCUGCCUGUUGGCAGAGCUCACACCAUCAGACACACACACAAGACAGACAUUUGCUUGUUUGAUUUUCCUCCUUAAUAGACGACUUCUAGAGGUACAGUGGCAGACAGAUUUUUCUGAACAUUCACACAAGAAGAAACUUGUCAAAUUGCUCCUGACGUUGAUUCAAAAACAUUCCUGUCCACUGAUCCCUGAUUCAGAGUUCAAAACAAGUCAAGUGUCCUUAUGGCUGACCUUUCACUGACCCGCCGCGGCCUUCAUCCAGAGCCCAUAGGCCAUCGGUGUUUCACAGCGGGCCAGCCCGCGGCCGCUCUUCUGUCGUCCUCAGGCAUCAGCCGAUAGUCAGCGGAUCAGCGGAGACGAUCGUGGUGUUUUUUCUCCUCCCCCUGAACACACAGAGCAGUGCGGGUGCCAAUCUCACUGAACAGCACUUACAGAAUAGCCAAAGCGUUGCUCUCUCACCAAGAACCCAGAGAGUCGAGUCAGAGAAAGCCGGGAAGCUGCUUCCAGAUAUUUACCAGUGCCUUCUCAAACCCUGAGCCUCUUCCAGGCUAAAUCUAUUGGCUGUAGUUCAGCGCGCGCGCACACACACAGAUGACUCAGUGCUUUCUCACAUUUUUUUCUCACCUGGGUUUAUGAUGAAGCUGAUAUAGUUGUAGCUGCAUCACUCGUCUUUGGAGGCGGUGUUUCUGCUGCAGACACCGUCGAUCACACCCGGCACGGAUCCGUCCGAGUCUGCGCCGUGGCCACUUAAUGGGCCGUAAACAAUGGAGUCGCUUUUGGCUCAUCAUACUGAGGAGUUAAAGCCGUGGGGCUGUGGUAGUUUGUAAAUAGUCUGUGAGAUAGUUUGGAAAGAUAAAAGCAGACAAACAUCAGCUGCGUGUACGUUUGUCGUUAAAUAUUCAAACUGCAUCAUGAUCCGAUCACGCAGCCAAAACCCACUUGGAGUCGUUUCGGGCUGCACGACACGUCUCGUGGUGGUGUUCAUGCACACCUGCAGUUGUGAACAUUUUCUUAUGAUCAUCAUCCUGUAAACAAGAACACCGUCAGCAUGUUUAGGGCCGCUGAGGGCGGAGUAAAUGCAGCAGGCUGGUUAGCUGUAGAGAUGGAGUCGGCGCUGGUGAGCGGCAGGAGUGCUCGUUAGUUAGUUAGUAAGUAAUUAUUGUCGUCUGUGUGUUUGGCCGGAGUCUACCUCAGUGCACACGGAGGAAUCAGUCUGUGGAGCCUAAAUCAUCCCACCGUUUAAAAACCAUCACCAACACCGCGGAUGGCGUGUGAAAGCUAAUCUUCCCAGUUUGCUGUCUUGCGUCCGUGGGGUGCUUUAUUUUCAAGCCCGCGCGUCGCGUUUUUAAGAGCACUCAUCGCCCCUCUCCUCUGCACGUUUCAUGAACAUUUCUUCACACAAAGCUUCCCACGGUCACUGGAAGCAGCACCGUAGCUUUACUGUUCCCCUUUUCCACGCACACCGGGCCUCCGGACCGUGCGUAAAGCGGCUCUGAUAUCAGAGAAUGUGACACUGGCGUGGGUCGACACCGAAAAAGAAAAAACCAUAAUAUCGUGACUCGGGUCAUAUCUGUGAUUGCCUUCACGCAGCCAAGGCUAACCAAGCUCAGCCGUGGACCUCACGCUGCUUUAUCUUCUUCGGCGUGUCCAACUGUCUCCGUGCGGUCCAAACAGUCGCUGUGUUCACAUCUCGAGUCUCCUCCAUUUGUACUUUUGUUUCUCUGUUCUGAUUCUAUUCUGUACGUAUGCUUUUGCUUUGUCUACUGUGAAUGUCAAGUGAUGACCUGUAUUUUCUGUCAAUGCCGUGGAUUGGGUCUGUCGUGGCUGAUCAGGACGCAGACGUCCGGGCUGCUUAGAGGAGGACUUUAACCCCCACCCCCUCCUCCUCCGCCUCUGAAAAGGAGAAAAGCUGGACUCGGACCAUCCUGUGUGCCAUAAGAACUUUUAACUGACAUGAAAUCUCGAUUGUAACUUUUUCGUCUCAGGGAGGCGGCCCGAUGCUUACGGUUGGAGAGAGGAGGAGGAGGAAGAGUUACCUACCUACCUUUUAUCUGCUCUAACUGAAGCGCAAGUUCUCAGCAUCCUUGCAAAAAAGCAAAAGGCGACAAAAACCUAAACACUCUUUUCAUAAAUCAGUUUUUUCCCGGCCUGUGAAAUCAAUCAGGACCGCUCCUCUCUCCACUCACACGUGAUCUGGUGUGGGCUGCCCUCUAGCGGUCGGAUGGGAGCGUUGCGCAUCAGGGGCGGCAAAGACAAACUGCUUCCCCGCCCCUCCGCCAACCCACAGUGCCUUGCUCAGACGAAAAGCUCCGUCUGACCCCCUCCUGAGCAGAACCGCCCCUGACAGUCCACCAAUCACAAAAGAGGAUUUUCCCACCUCCGAACACGAAAUGAAAAUCACAUAAAUUUUGUUCUUGGCGAAACUAUUCUGCUUUUUUUGUUGUUUUAGGAAAACAUAUUGUGUUUUUGUUUUUUUUUAACCUUCCCUCCACCCGGGAAAAAGGAGAGGGAAAAUAAUAGUUGAACUUGUGUCGCUACUCUGCUAAGCUCUGGCUUGCUUUGUGCAUGAAAAUGAAAUAUCUAUACCAGCAGAUAAUUUGAUGCUUACUCAUUUUUUUGUUUUAUUUGUAUUUUGACAGCCCAAAGUCACGCAAACACCCGCAAUUAGCAACAAGUGAGCGCGUAAACAUUCAAAAGUGCGUUCGUUUGCUGCACGAUUUGUAUGUUUGUCAUUUUCUUUUUGAAUGAACCCAAUAAUAAGCUCUUUCGUGUAAAUAGCAGCAGAUCUUCUCGUCCCUGGAAAAACGAAACAAAACGAGAGCACUUCAUUUUUAGGGAAGUUUAGCUUUGUUGUUUUGCUGAGCUCUGGUUGGACAGAGCAUGCUAGUAACAGCACAGGGUGAGAACAAAGCAUUGUAUGUAUUGUUUCGUUUUAAAGAGAAAAGUAUUACGUUUUAGAGAUGUUGAUAUCUAUUUUUUUUUAGCCAAAGUAGGGAGGCCGAAUACGACGACCUUUUCUGACUGUAAACUUUUACUACUCUUGUACAUUUUGAAUUUAACAUUGUUAUCAAUGUGUAUAUAACUUUUUCUAAAUUUAAAAAGAUUUUUUUUGUUUUUCACGAAACGACCCACUACACAGAAAAGAGCGCAGUCGAGUCUGUUGUUGUAUUUAACCCGGAGCAGCACGGCUCCAGUCUGAGGGCUUCACGCUGCGGAAAAGACGCAAACUGUAUGCGGCCCUAAAUGUUCCGCACACCAAGCCCGCUCUUAGUCCGAUGCAUGUUCUGAAUGUUGGCCCGAGAGGUCGUGCGAUUUCGGCCCGCCCCCACCUCCACCCAGCCCCAGCGGCAUGCCACCGUGUCACCUGUAAAGCCUUUCUCACGUCACAGAUGCUUCACCUGUUGCAGGUGUUUUUGUGUGAAAAUGUUUCCAGGUAAUUUGUUUGUUGUUGUUGUUUAUUUGUGAGUGUGGACAAACUGGAAAAGACCACUGUGCGUUAUUUUGAAGAAGAAAACAAAAAAACACAAGCGAGAAAAUCCUGAAUAAGCUAAAGAGAAAACGUAUUAUUUGAGAAGCGUAUCCUCUACCAGGUUCUCGACUGCAGGCUGUCACAGGAGUCGUGCAAUAUUUUGGUAAAUUCCCUCACGGAGAGUUAAAGGGGGCCUAUUAUGCACUUAUUUUUAUAUGAGCUGUUACGGGGUGAAUGCUCAUAUUAAGCUAGUUUCCCAAAAAAUGACUUCAGUGUAUGUGCAUGCAAUCCCUGUGAGUUUUUUCUACUCUUGGCUCUUUGUGAUGUCAUAGAGAGGGGCUAGUGUUGUUUCGGGCAGUGGAUAAAGUAACUGGUUGGACCAACCCUGAGAUUUGGAUAAAGGACUCCUUCAAAGCGACUGUAGCGGGUCCUCUUUAAACGCUCACAUAAAGAUUAGAAAGGAAGAAAAGGCGAGCGUGACUCUGAUGAACUAAAUCCACCUUUCAGAUGAACACAUCACACCUGGAUGGUUUAGUCCACAGAAGACCAGUGACAACUGUUUUUCAUAUUUACUGGUGGUUAUUGGUGAACCAUGUCCUUGCCGACUGCACUAAAUUCAGAGUUUCUCACUGUUUAGUUGUGUGUGUGUGUGUGUGUGUGUGUGUGUGUGUAUGUGCGUGGACUAAACAGAUUAGGUAUAAUGUGUUUAAUACUGAACUGUAGGAUUUUAAUGUAUUUGAUUUUGUAUGGAAGCUUGUUUCUGCUAAAAAAUAAAUAAAGUUGGGUAUCUCGGAAUUUCAGCUCGACAGUUUAAGUUAGGUAUAUCAAUUUACUUCUAAAUAAGUAUAAAAAUGUGACUUAUUCAGAAGUAAGUUUAAAUUUUGAGAUAAUAAGUCAAAGAUUAAACGUAGGUCUGUCUGACAGGCUUCAUUCGUCUUCGAUUGGUGGAAACGAGCUUUCGUAGCUUUGCCCAGAGCCACACUAGCCGUGCUCUCCAGCCCCGGUCAGACUUUGUGUUCCCCCAUAACAUGAACAAGCUUUUUAAGAGCGUAAAGACUGAAGCCCUCUCCUAUAAAUGAAUUCCAGUGCUGUGUGUCGUAGCCCUUUGUCAGGUGACAGACGUGAGGACGAGCUUCUGAGAGUCACCCGUCGCUCCAGUGGUCUGCUCCAGUUUACACACCAGUGUGCGAUGCUCGUUUCUGUCCCGUUCCCCGCGCGACGUGGAGCCGAGUGUGUCAUCCUCGGUUGAGAUCUUCACGAGCGCUUUCUUCGUCCUCCUCCUGUUACUUCACGUUUCCUCUCUCCUCCGUGCACAUAGGUGGUCCCCAGAAUGCUCUGUGUAGUCUUGCAGGAUACCUCUUUGUUAAUGUCAUUUUAUUGGCGAUGAAUAUGUUGAUGUAUUCAUUUUGGGAUAUGUUGUGUAUACGUUAUGUUGAAAUGUCAGUGCGUACGCAUACAGCAGGUGUAUAUGUGCGUAUGUGCAGUGCAAAAAAACAAAAACAACAAAAAAAGGACACACCCCCAAAACUCACAAAUCCGCAAGAGAUCGCUUCAUCCCUCACACUGGAUCCAAAUGUGCCAUUAUCUUUAUGUACCACAAAAUAUCGACUACACGGUCUCACACACAUAAAUGCAUAUUGUACAGGAUCAAAAAUGUGCCAUGACGAAAUGAACGCUUGACAAUUUAUUUUUUCUAUGUUUUCAAAGGAGAGCCAAGUAGUGACGUGUACAGACAAUGUUGCAAUGAUAUGAAAAUAAAAAUCUUGCUGUGUGUAAAUUAUUCAACAAUUAACUGUUUAUAUUAAAAUUAUGAAUAAAAUUAUUGGAGAA